AUGGCCCAGUGCCGGGACCUGGAGAACCACCACCACGAAAAGCUCCUGGAGAUCGCCAUCAACACCCUGGAGAAGGUGGUCAAGGGCGAGCUGGACGAGGACCUGCCUGACGACGUCCGGGCGCUUUUUGUGGACAAAGACACAAUUGUGAAUGCUGUUGGGACAUCACAUGACAUCCACCUUCUCAAGAUUGACAACCGAGAAGACGAGCUGGUGACCAGAGUCAACUCCUGGUGCACACACUUAGUGGACAAGAUUCACAAGGACGAGACCAUGAGGAACCGCAAGCGAGUGAAGGAGAUCAAUCAGUUCAUGGACCACGUGCAGAAUGAACUGGACAACCUUGACAGUGGCGACAUUCUAGAUUAG